AUGGAAACAUCAAAUAAAGAAAUAAUAUCUUCAAAAUUAAAAGAUGAUAAAAUGAUAAAAAAUAAAAAAAAGUACCUACAUAAAUUUUCGCAGUAUAAUAAUAACUAUUCUAAAAUAUUUCGAAACAAACAUACAUUAGGAUUUCGAAGUGUAGGAAGAACAAAAAGUUCAAUAAUAAAAAAAAAUAAAAAUAAAAGUUUAGGAAUAAUUACAAAAGAAAAUAUAAUAAAUUUAAUUAGACAUAAUAAAAGUGAUGUACGAAAAAUUCGAUCUAUACUAUUUUUAAAAGCUUAUGAACAUUCAGAAUUAUUUCACAAAAAAAAACAAGAUAGAGUAGAAAAAUUAAAACUAAAUAAAUAUAACAAAUGUGUUGAAAUAAAAGAUGCAAAAGAAAAAGAAAGAUUAAAAUUGUUAAAAUUAUUAAAAAGUUAUAAUAUAAAAUAUGAGGGUUAUACAAAUUUAUAUGAUUUAUGUGAUUAUUCAAUUUAUUUUUCUGAACAAAAUUAUAAAAAUGGAGAAGAAAUAAAAGACAAACAAUUGUGUAAAAUAAAUGAAAAAAAUCAAAAAAAAAAAUAUGAUUGUGAUAAUUUUUUGUAUUAUCUUGUAUCUAUUGGUAUAUCAUAUAAUGAUAUAAUUGAAAUGGCAAGUGUCUUUGAAAAUAUGAAAUAUUUAAAAUAUUGUAAUUUAUAUAUGUUACCAUGGAUAUAUAAAAAAGUAAAUGAAUUUCAUAAUUAUGAUGUAAAUACAUUUGUAUUAUAUUGUGUAGUAUAUUCUAUAACAACAUUAAGUUCAUCUUUAUAUUUAUUUAUAAAAUAUAAAACAAUAGCUAUUAUAUUUCCAUUAUUUAUUACUUAUAUUUUUUUUUCGGCUCCAUUUUUAUUGCAAGAGAUUAAUGGAGGAAGAUUUGUUUUAGAUGGUUGUAUCUCUUUUUUCAAUUCUAUAAACACUUGCCAUUUACCAAUAGCCAUUUCAUUAAUUAUAUCUUAUAUAUUGUCUAUAAUAAAAUGUAUAGAUUCUAUAUGUUUACAUUUGCAUUAUUUUUCUUAUUAUUUCCUUGAUAAAAAUCCAUGGGUAUACAAAAAUCUGAAUAAUAAAAUAUGUUCAAAAUUUAACGGAAAUAAAAAUAUUUGCAAUAUCUCUAGAAAUAUAUGUUCUUAUAAUAUCGCUGAUGGGAAAUGUGAAAUAAACACAAUGAAGUUGAGCAUGAAAAUGUAUGACACCUUACUAAGAAAAUACACAGAACCAAAGACAAAAAAUUUUGGAGAAGAUAUUGUAUUAUAUUCAUUCCUUUUUUUAUUCAUAUACAACAGCUUUUCAAAAUAUAAAUCAUCCAACAAAUUAAUAAAAUUAUUUACAUUUUUAAUCAUUUUUAUUUUUACAAUUGAUAUUAUAUCUUUACGCGAUUUCUCCCUUAUUGAGCUACUGUCAGCAGAUUUAAAUAUCUCAAAAAUAUUCAAUAUUUUGUCAAAUCAUGAAGUUUGGAUUUCAUGUAUGAUACAUUGUAUUGUUAAUAUGUCUUUUCAUUCUGGGAUUUACUUUUACACAUCCAAGGGACUCAGACUCGGAAUCAAUAUAAUAUACUGCACAUACCUGAUUGUAAUGUGUUGUUUCCUAUUUGACAUAUUAAUAUUUAUAACAUUUUCAGUAAUAAUCGGGAAUAAUUUAAAAAAUAUUGAAAAUAAUUAUUAUUUUUUACUUAAGCUGAUAAAAAGGAAUUUUUAUUAUAUCCUUGUACCAGUGGCCCAUAAUUAUUAUAAUAAAUUUACUUUAUUUUUGAGUAUAAUAUUUGCAUUUAUUUAUUUAACCUUUAUGCUUAUAUCAGCAUCAAAAAGGAUAGAUGUAUUAUUUUUGUCUUUAAAUGAUAUAUUUCAUUUUAGAGGAAAUACACAAAACAAAAUUAUUACAUUAGGAUGGAUAUUUAUAUUUUGUUUAUAUUAUAUUUAUAAAUCCAUAAACAUAAAUUAUUUAGAUAUAUGUAUAACACAAUUAUCUCAUAUAAUUAUUUUAUUAAUUUUAUUUUAUAUUAAUUUUAAUUUUUUUUGGAUACGAGGGAUAAAAAAAACGGCCCAGAAAAUUGGAUUGUUUCCAUUAUCUUUAAAUAUGAUCUUAAUCUUUUUGAAUGAAUUUAUAUUUAUGUAUUGUGAAAUCCGUCUAAAAUUACAAAAUAGAGUUUUAUUAUAUUUUAUUAGACAAUUUAUUAAUAUAUUUAUUAUUCCCCUCUUUUCGAUAUUUACAUAUUCCGUCUUUCAAUGGAUAUCGUGUCGUAGCCCACACUCUCUCCUCAAAGAAAUUACAAAAAUAUAUCUAUUAAUAAUUGGAAAUAUUGACAAAUCAAAGCAUAUCCAACUCGAAUUCAACAAAAAUUCCAAAUAUAUAGACUGGUUUAACAUUUAUUUAAUAAUUUUUUUUCGAUAUUUUGCUAUGGAUUUAAUAUUUAUGUGCUUUUUACAUUUAUGGAAUGAAUUUUUAAUAAAAAACGAAGCUUUUUUUAAUUUAGAGAAUAUAAUUUGGGGAAUUGAUCCAUAUUUAUUUUUUUUUUUACUAUAUGUUAUAUAUGUUUAUAUUUGUUAUUUACAUGUACCAUUAUUAAUAUUAAUAAAAAAAAAAAAUAUAUUUAAAAUUAAUAAUUUCAACAUUUUAGAUUAUCAUAUCCCUUUUGAUAAAAUCAAACGAAACCAAAAAAAUUCAUUUUAUGGUGAAUUUUCAAUAAGGGGUUAG